AUGUUCAGGACGAAACGCUCAGGUCUUGUGCGGCGACUCUGGAGAAGUCGUUUGAUCCCAGAUAAAGAAGAGGAAGAUGGAAAUGGCACAACUGGCGAGGGCUGCGGGGACAAUCUGUUCGGCAACAACAACCCGGAGAAAAUUCCCAAAACGGAGUUCGGACCGAUGACCCCGAGCGGGUCUGCGGCGGGGGCCUGGGGCCCCGCGGGGGGGUGCGGCGGCCCGGGAGGGGGGGUGGCGGCGGACCAAGACGGGGGCGCGCCGUGCGCCCCGGAGCGCGGCAGCCCCAGCCCCAGCUCCACCCGGGACGGCGAGGGCAGGACGGUGACGUGCUGCCUGUUUAAGGACAGGGACCACUCCGCGCCCCGGGCCGCCAGGGACCCGGGCUCCUGUCACCCCGCGCUGAGGAAGCCGGGGGCCGGGGACGGGGGCUCCCCAGACGCGCAGGAGGCCAUGCCGCGCGCCGUGCUGGAGCAGGAACUGAAGUCGGCCACGUAUUCCCUUUUGAAAAGGCUAAAGGAGAGGGCGCUGGAUACCCUGCUGGAGGCGGUGGAGUCCAGAGGGGGGAUGCCGAGCGACUGCGUGAUGGUUCUGAGGACGGAGCUGCGGAUCGGCGGGCACGUGGCGCUCCCGCAGCUGCUGGUGUGUAAGGUGUACCGCUGGGCUGACCUCCAGCACACGGCCCAGCUCAAGCCGCUCUGUGAGUGUAAGAGCUUCGGGAACCCGGACGGUCCCACGGUGUGCUGCAACCCCUAUCACUACAGCCGCCUCUGUGGGCCAGAGUCACCCCCACCUCCAUAUUCAAGGCUUUCCCCAAACGAAGAACACAAGCCACUGGAUCUGUCAGACUCCACAUUGUCGUACACUGAAACCGAGGCAGCCAGCUCACCAAACAUCACACCGGGGGAUUUUUCAGAUGCCAGCAUGUCACCUGACGCCCCGAAGCAGAGCCACUGGUGUAACGUGGCGUACUGGGAGCACCGCACUCGCGUGGGCCGCCUCUACACAGUGUACGAGCACUCUGUCAGCAUCUUCUACGAUCUACCUCAGGGCACGGGCUUUUGCCUGGGCCAGCUCAACCUGGAUCACCGCAGCAGCACCGUUCAGCGCACACGAGGCAAAAUCGGCUACGGCAUCCUCCUCAGCAAAGAGCCGGAUGGCGUUUGGGCUUAUAACCGUAGCGAGCACCCCAUAUUUGUCAACUCCCCCACUUUGGACGUGCCUAACAGCAGAACUCUGGUCGUGCGAAAAGUGAUGCCAGGUUACUCCAUCAAGGUGUUUGAUUAUGAGCGCUCGUGCCUCCUGAGGCACACCACAGAGGCCGACUUCCUGGACGGACCCUAUGACCCCAACAGUGUGCGCAUCAGCUUUGCUAAGGGCUGGGGCCCCUGCUACUCGAGACAGUUCAUCACCUCCUGCCCCUGCUGGCUGGAGAUCCUCCUCAACAACCAUAGAUAA